UCCAGUGGCGAGAGGAGGAGGAAGCCGGGAGCGGGGCGGCUCGGGGGGGGACCCGCCGCGGCUGCUGCUGCCACCGCCGCCGCCACCACCGCCCGUGGGGCUCGUGGCGUGAAGAAGGAGGACCUGUGAGACCCGGGCGCGAGCCGGCGGCGGCGCCGCUGCGGGGAGGGUCGGCGGCGGGACGGCGAUGGCGGAUAUCGAUAAACUCAACAUCGACAGCAUCAUCCAACGGCUGCUGGAAGUGAGAGGGUCCAAGCCAGGCAAGAAUGUCCAGCUACAGGAGAACGAAAUCCGAGGACUCUGCUUGAAGUCUCGGGAAAUCUUCCUCAGUCAGCCUAUCCUUCUAGAACUUGAAGCACCACUCAAGAUAUGUGGUGACAUCCACGGGCAGUACUACGAUUUGCUCCGGCUGUUUGAAUAUGGUGGAUUCCCGCCAGAAAGCAACUAUUUGUUUCUCGGGGACUAUGUGGACAGGGGCAAGCAGUCACUGGAGACGAUCUGCCUCUUGCUGGCCUACAAAAUCAAGUAUCCGGAGAACUUUUUCCUUCUCAGAGGGAACCAUGAGUGCGCCAGUAUCAAUAGAAUCUAUGGAUUUUACGAUGAAUGUAAAAGAAGAUACAACAUUAAGCUGUGGAAAACGUUCACAGACUGUUUUAACUGCUUACCGAUAGCAGCCAUCGUGGAUGAGAAGAUAUUCUGCUGUCAUGGAGGUUUAUCACCAGAUCUUCAAUCUAUGGAGCAGAUUCGGCGAAUUAUGAGACCGACUGAUGUACCAGAUCAAGGUCUUCUUUGUGAUCUUUUGUGGUCUGACCCCGAUAAAGAUGUCUUAGGCUGGGGUGAAAAUGACAGAGGAGUGUCCUUCACAUUUGGUGCAGAAGUGGUUGCAAAAUUUCUCCAUAAGCAUGAUUUGGAUCUUAUAUGUAGAGCCCAUCAGGUGGUUGAAGAUGGGUAUGAGUUUUUUGCAAAGAGGCAGUUAGUCACUCUGUUUUCUGCACCCAACUACUGUGGCGAGUUUGACAAUGCAGGUGCCAUGAUGAGUGUGGAUGAGACCCUCAUGUGUUCCUUCCAGAUUUUAAAGCCUGCAGAGAAAAAGAAGCCCAACGCUACGAGACCUGUCACACCGCCAAGGGUUGGAUCAGGCCUGAACCCGUCCAUUCAGAAAGCUUCAAAUUAUAGAAACAACACUGUCCUAUACGAGUGACCGAUAAUGCUUUCUUUGGCUACAUUCUUUAUUCUGCGGUGACGUUGAGGCUUAUAAGUCAAAAGGAACUAACUUGCCGUCCACCGGUUUAUACAGAACUCACAGUAUCUAUGACUUUUUUAAACUACGACCUGUUAAUGAAUCUGUUUCCACAGAUGCCCGUGUACAAUGCCAUGUGCUGAGAAUGAUUUCAGACUUAUUAAAUGCGAGCUUGUUAA